AUGUCGUCAAAGUAUGAUCAGAGCAGCAAGAAGAGGAAGAAGAUGGAAUCAUCAUCAUCAACAUCUUCUUCACCAUUGCAUUUCUUCAAGAUAAUCCUUAAUCAUACCAUUGAAUACAAACGUCUGGAAAUCCCAAAAGAAUUUCUAAAGAAGUUUGGAAAAGAACUGUCUGACUGUGCAACCAUCGAGGUUCCUAGUGGUUCAGUCUGGCCUGUAGGAUUGACCAAAAGACGAGGUGCGAUUUCCUUUGAGGAAGGUUUGAAGGAGUUUAUGGAGUUCUACUCUAUUUCUGUUGGAUAUUUUUUGGUUUUCAGAUAUGAGGGGGAUUCAACAUUUCAUGUUCUUAUAUUCAAUAUAAGUGCUACUGAGAUCGAAUAUCCAAUGCAUAACUUCAGAAACAACUUCAAAGAUAAAGCUCAAGUGAUCGACAUUGAUUCUUGUAAUAGUGAUAGCAACAAUGAAACUCGUAGCCAAACUGAGUCAUUAUCAAGUAGAGGCGGUCAUGUCAAUCUGAAAACUGAACCAGCUGAUGAUCAUGCUUUUCCAAAACAACGAAAAGUGUUUGCCAAUACUCUUACUACUAGAAGAUCAACUACUUCACGGGUAACACAAUCAAAGGCACUUGCAGCAGCCAGGGAGUUUAAGUCUGAGAAACCGUUUUUCAUUGCCGUUUUGCCAGCAUCUUGUGUAAAAACCCGACAUGUGAAUGUACCUGCGGCUUUCAAGCAUCCAUGUUUGCACCAGAAAACUACAUUUAUCAAUCUAAGGGUUGCGGGUAGGAAGUCUUGGGAUGUCAAGUUAAUAUUUUUGAAGAAACAUCAGAGAAGCUAUCUAUCUGAGGGUUGGAUGAAGUUUAUUUCAGAUAAUCAAUUGAAACCAGGGGAUGUCUGUGUGUUCGAGCUUGUUGAUAGCAAAAAGAUCUUGAUGAAUGUUCACAUUUUCCGGGACUCCCAAGAGACAAGUAGUAGUCAAAAACUGAAGACAAAUGCGCCCCAGGAGGCCAGAUCAAAAGAAAAUUCACUUGUAUCUGCCGAGGCGUUCAAGUCUAGGAAGCCGUACUUCAAGAAUGUACCUGCAGCUUUCGCGGUUCCGUAUUUGAAACAUGAAAUUAAGGUCAGAUUAAGCAGUAUGGGCGGCAAAACGUGGGAAAUGCAGUGUAACCUUUUACACGAAUCUGAUCGACAUCGUGCGAAACUGUUCAAGGGUUGGGAUAAAUUCGUGCUAGAUAAUCAUUUGAAGGAAGGUGAUAUUUGUGUUUUCGAGUUAUAUGAUAUAGAGAAAGCUUCGAGAUGA